AUGCGUCUGGUUUCUCUCGGAGGCCUUUCGGCCUUGGCCCUGGCUAUGACGACGGCCGCGGCCUCGACGUACGACUACAUUGUCGUGGGCGGUGGCCCUGCCGGCAUCAUCACAGCCGAACGACUCUCGGCAGCCAACAAGAAGGUCCUCCUCCUUGAGCGAGGACCAGGCCCUACCGUUGAGACUGGUUCCAACAACACCCUUAGCUGGGACGACUCGUUGACGCCUGUCGAUGUCCCGGGCCUGACCUCUGCCGUCGGUAGCUUGACCAACUACAUGUGCACUGACACCGGAGGUCUUGCUGCAUGUGUGCUUGGUGGUGGUGUCACAAUCAACUACAUGGUCUUUGUCCACCCGCCAGACCAUGACUUUGACGAUAAGUGGCCCAAGGGCUGGAAAUGGAGCAACAUCGCUCCCGCAGCGAAGAGGCUCUAUAGCCGAAACCCUGGAACUACCCUUCCCUCAAAAGACGGCCAGCGCUACGAUCAGGGCCUUUACUCGACCCUGUCCAGCUUUUUCGACAGCAUCGGCUGGACCUCUGUCGACAUGAUCAAGCAGCCCAACGAGAAGCAUCAAGUCUACAGCUACCCCUCGUGGAACAUCAAGGAUGCUAUGCGUGCUGGACCCGUACGAACUUAUCUGCCUUUGGCCGAAGCGCGAGACAACUUCACUCUCCGCCUUGGCACCAAGGUCAUUCGUGUUGUGCGCUCCGGCUCCAAGGUGACCGGCGUUGAGGUCGAGGACUCUGAAGGCAAGAGUGAGAUCAUUAGGCUUACUAAGAAUGGAAGAGUCGUCCUAUCCGCAGGCGCCGUGUCGACGCCCCGACUUCUCUUCAACUCUGGUAUUGGACCUAAGGCGCAAAUCUUGACUGCAAGCAAGACUGGCGUCACCCUUCCCCCUAAGAAGGAUUGGAUUGAGCUACCCGUUGGCAAGAACCUUAAGGACCACCCUAUUUUCUCUAUUAAUGUCAAGACAAACGACACUUGGGGUGUUUUCGACAGCACCGGUGUGGUCAACGGCUCUGAUACUACCGACAUCAACCAGUAUGAAAACAAGGAGUCGGGUAUUUUAACUCAGGGCAGGCACCGCCUUAUCUUCUUCAGCUCCAAGGCUGGAGCGGAUGGAAUCACGCGAUACUAUCAGGGAUCUUGUACAGCUUCGGGCGAGGGUAUUGUCCAGAUCAAGGUGUACAUGACCCACGGGCUUACAUCAGAGGGCGUUUUGGGACUGUCAGAGGAUGGCAGCACCACUAUUGAGACUUCACCCUAUCUUCAGACCGACGGCGACCUGGAGGCCGCAACCUCAUUUAUCCAGGGCAUGGUCGACUCCAUUACCUCAUCUUCCGCUGGCUUUGAGCUUCAAACAUACACCAACACCUCUGCGAUUAUCGGCUCUCAGACCUCCGGAAACCACUUCGUUGGCACGGCAAAGAUGGGCACCGACGAUGGCCGCAAGGGUGGUUCUUCGGUUGUUGAUACUAACACUAAGGUGUAUGGAAUGGACAACCUGUUUAUUUCUGAUGCUAGCAUCCAUCCCGAUGUUCCCACUGGCAACAGCCAGACCAUUGUUAUGGUUGCCGCCGAGAUGGCAGUGGCUAAGAUCCUUGCUUGUAAAUAA